ACAUGGAUUUUCAGGGAAGACGUUAGUGAGUAUUUAUCAAACGUAGCCAGCAGCUAAUUAGCCACGUAGCCUUAUCUGUGGUCUCAUAGUUUUGCGCGAGGACGCUUUAGGGAGAAAAACAGCUCUCAGUGUUGGAUCUGUAGUUGUUUGUAUUGUUUGACAUGUGUUUGCUCGUUAAGAUAAAAUACAUAUGCGUUCAGGACCUCUCGGACUACCCGGAACAUGGAAUACAUGACGAUAAAAUACGACUUUAACUUUGGAAAACUCUCACGUGUACAGAUUAAAUAGCUUUUAUUUCAGGUUAUAUAUCACAUCGAGGAUGUUGUUUACCAUAACGUGGUAGCGGUGUUGUUCGACGUACCUACGUCAUUUCCGAUUACGCAAUCCCCUCCAUACAAACAUCGUAACGGUAAAAAAAAAAAUGGCGACGUUGUUGCUCUUUUUGGAUGCCGUGCGCUGACGUUACCUAGGCGAAGCGAUGUUCUCCAAGUGACCCAUCGGAUGAAGAAUUUACCGAAGUGACAUCACAUAACCUAAGCCGAAAAACCUACCGGGCACUAUGGAGGAACCGUGGGAUUUUGAGUUUUUGACCCGCAUCGCUGACACCUGCCUCUCCUUCCUGUCCGAAUUUGUUGACGACUGGCUCGCCAACGACAUGAGAGUUUCCAUAUUCAAGAUCUUGCUCAGUUGGUUGAUUUUCAGCCUCAUCGCGAUUCACUUCGCAUGGAAAAUCUACGGGAAUACGGUCAACGACAUGUAUUAUCGACAAGGGACCGGACAGAACGGAGGCACACCCGACACGGCGGGCCCCCCCAGCGGAUGGGACAGCAAAGCAGGCGAUGCCCCAAAGACUCAUCGAGAUUAACACGACAAUGGCGUUGGAGUUUGGACUUUUAUCCAAGCGAGGGUUGGACUCGAUGGAGACAAUACACCUUUUUAAAGCUUCCUUAUAAUUAAGCAUCUGCAGCGCACUCAUGAAUGCAUUUUCAGGCAACUGCAUCAAAAAACGUGUUAUGGAAACAAAUGUGGUGUCAAACUGAUCCUCUGUAUCGACUACAUAGUGAUGCUUGUAAAAAUUGGUCAUUGAGAAGAACAUUAGUCUGACUACUUAAAUUGUUCUGCCUGUAUGCUUGGACAAGUUGUUUAAAUAUGACACAAGUUGAUGGUUUUGCGUGUAAAUUAAGGGUGCUCUAAGAAAACUGUGACAAUAGAGGAGUAUACAAGGACCAUAAGAAUAAUAAUUGGUUGAAUCUGUGGAAAAACGAGUCUGAUCCACAAAAAAGGCAGGUUAACAUCUUUCAUCAUUUUUGCAUGAAAUUUUAACCACUGUGGUCCUUGCAAAUUAUGAGAAACAGUGUGAACCUAAUGGGCGAUAUAGAUGGAAAAGAUUUGAGAUCUGGGCUGUGUCACAAAUUAUCAUUAACCCAACAUGAAGCAUGGUGGCACGCUGUGUAGAUGCUUCUGUUCCGCAGGGCCAAGUGGCUUUUGAUGGAAGAGGGUAAAAUGAAUUCUGCAAAAAGGAAAUUCUGGAGGAAAACAUGCUACAUUAAGCUAGACAAAAAUGCAAAAAAAUGGCUUAAGAAUUACCGACUAAAUGUUGUGUAGUUAAAUGACCACCCAUUAGUCCAAGUCAUGAUUUGAGGCAGAUUGACAUGAAGGUCUGUCUUCAUUCUGUCCCCAUCUCAGUCAAAGGUGCUUGAGAAAGAGAUGCAACAUUCAGAUUUGCAAAGCUGAAACCAACUUUUCCUUAUUUUAAAGCUGUAAUUGCUGCCAUAAGUGCCUCUUUAGUUGAGGGUUAUUUGUUUUUUUUGGACAUAUUUGUGCUCUUCAUGUUUUUUUUCAGUUUUAAGAUUAUUUUUUUGUUGCCAAAGGCAUAUUUAAUAGUCAGGGAAAAUAAUACAUAAAUAAAAUGACAAUAAAAUGAGUAAAUUAAAGGUUUGGUGAGUGAGCCACAUUACAAUCAGCUAUUGUAUCUUCCAAGUUACAACAAUUCAAAUGGACAAUACAAGUUAUUAGUACUACCGUGUGCACUUGCUGAAAUGUCAAAAUGUACAUAGUCCUGAAGUGAACACAAUCAAAGAGACCAGCAGCAAAGAUAAUACAACAUGUUUUGUGUAAAUAGCUUGAUUGAUAUUAAAUUUGCUGUGUUUGACAAUAA